AUGAAAGCAAGCAUCCUUACUCUUACCGCUCUAUCCUACCUUGCGGGCUCAGCUCUCGCCUCAGGCACAUGUGCCCAAGCCACAGUCAGAUACAAACGAAACUGGUCUUGUGCCACAACCCAAGACACGAUGGAAAAGUCCUGCAGGGGACUUAUCGGCACCAUCAAGAGUCAAAGCUGCAAGCAGAAAUAUGGGGGUUGCGAGGCUGACUUCCGAUCCACGACUGUUCAAGAUGAUCAGAAGUGGAACUGUCGACAACAAAAGACGGCUACCUGCGAGAUUUUCGCCUGGCGUUAUCGCUCCUGGGAGGAGGCUCAACAAUCGCUUGCGGGCUGGAAUUUCGACUCUUAUACUGUAUCUCCCGAUAGCCCUAAACAAGGCGUUAAGUGCGAUGGAUAG